AUUGGUCGGCCAAGUGUAUACCAUGCCGUGGUGGUCAUAUUUCUAGAAUUCUUUGCCUGGGGGCUCUUAACAACUCCAAUGCUAACGGUCUUACAUGAAACUUUUCCCCAUCAUACAUUUUUAAUGAAUGGUCUUAUUCAAGGUGUUAAGGGUUUUUUGUCCUUUCUCAGUGCUCCGCUAAUAGGUGCUCUAUCAGAUGCAUGGGGAAGAAAAUCUUUCCUCCUCCUUACAGUUUUCUUCACCUGUGCCCCAAUUCCAUUAAUGAGAAUAAGUCCAUGGUGGUACUUCGCAAUGAUAUCGGUAUCUGGAAUCUUUUCUGUUACCUUUUCUGUAAUAUUUGCCUAUGUAGCUGAUGUAACACAAGAACAUGAAAGAAUUACAGCCUAUGGACUGGUAUCUGCCACUUUUGCAGCAAGUUUGGUAACUAGUCCUGCCAUUGGAGCAUACCUGUCUGCCCACUAUGGAGAUAACCUUGUCGUGCUAGUGGCCACAUUGGUGGCUGUUGUGGACAUCUGCUUCAUCCUGUUAGCUGUGCCAGAAUCUCUGCCAGAAAAAAUGAGACCUGCUUCAUGGGGAGCUUCUAUAUCAUGGGAACAAGCAGACCCUUUUGCAUCUUUGAAGAAGGUUAGAAAAGAUUCUACUGUUCUCCCGAUCUGCAUUACAGUCUUUCUUUCCUAUCUGCCUGAGGCUGGCCAGUAUUCUAGCUUUUUUCUGUACUUGCGACAGAUUAUAGGUUUUGGAUCUGCUAGCAUUGCGACAUUUAUAGCUGUGGUAGGCAUUCUGUCUAUAAUAGCUCAGACUGUGUUUCUCAGUGUCUUGAUGCGGUCUAUAGGGAACAAAAAUACAGUUCUCCUUGGCCUUGGCUUUCAAAUCCUUCAGUUGGCUUGGUAUGGUUUUGGAUCUCAGUCUUGGAUGAUGUGGACAGCAGGAGCUGUAGCAGCUAUGUCAAGCAUUACGUUUCCAGCAAUCAGUGCUCUGGUUUCACGAAAUGCAGAGUCAGAUCAACAAGGUGUUGUCCAAGGAAUAAUAACUGGAAUAAGAGGUCUGUGCAAUGGCCUGGGACCAGCACUGUAUGGCUUUAUUUUCUUUCUCUUUCACGUGGAGCUCAAUGAAUUGCCACCUGAUCAGACUUCUGGAAAAAAAGCAAUACAAGAUCCCAUUGUUCCUGGGCCACCAUUCCUGGUUGGAGCAUGCAUUGUUCUUCUGGCUUUUCUAGUCGCCUUACUUAUUCCUGAGCACAGCAAAGCCAGCAGUACUAGGAAACACAGCAGCAGCAGUACUCUGAGUAACAACUUAGACCGAAGCAGUGAAGAGGACAUUGAACCAUUGCUGCAAGAUAGCAGUGUAUGA